UCCACCGUAUUUUUACACGAGUGACUUCCGGCCUGCCCGAUCCUACCUAGUAGUAUUGACGCAGGGGGGCCGCGUCUCGCGUCAAAAAACAAACUCUACUGUUCUUUUCGCGUGCGUCGCGUUUAGUGCUUCUGGGACGCGUCUAACAUGCGGACGCACUACGACGGGUGUGCAUUGGCUGAUUGACUUUAACGGCCGCGUUUCGAAGCGUAAUCGCGGCGAAAUCGUUGACGCGACGUUCACGUUGCUGGUGUGUUUGAGCUUUAAAACGCAGACGCACUGCGACUGGUGUGCAUUGGCUGAUUGACUUUAACGGCUGCGUUUCGAAGCGUAAUCGCGGCGAGAUCGUUGACGCGAUGUUCACGUUGCUGGUGAGCAGUGAGAAUCGUCUUUGCUUUCAUCAUUGUCUUUGAUAAAAUGGGACACUCGUGUUGUGUGCCAUACUAAAUCACGUGACAAAAAUGGCAGCAAAGUUGACCACGACGUUAGAUUUUUUCGUUUUCCCUGUUGGAAAAGAGGUUAUGGACAGCAGGUUGAGGAACUAACAAAGCGGCAUCGGAUGGCCUGGGUCGCAGCGUUGAGACGGAAGGGCAUCACUUUCGACACCAUAUCUCCCUUCCUGCGUGUUUGCUCUCGUAAUUUUCAUAAAGGUGAACCAGCUUAUGAAAUGAUGGAGAGUGACCCAGACUGGGCACCAUCCCUACAUCUGGGACACACAUCUGUUACACUGACAAACACUGCACGCUCUGCAAGACGAAGUAGGCGUGAGCAGCUACGGAAAGAGAUACUGCAAGCACCAAAGAUGGGGGUCCAGCAAGAUGCAAACAUUGAAGAGCUGCAGACCAAGGAGGGACCAUCUGAGCCUGGUGAAAUAAACAGUCGCCAACAGAAUGAGGAGGGGACACCUGAUGCUGGAGAAGAAAGUGGUCAGCUACAGAUUGAAGAGGGGACACAUGAAGCUGGAGAUGUUGAUCAGCUAAUCACAGAGGAUGAGACGCACAACACCUAUCAGGAUGUGACACAGACUGUGAUUAUUGACUGUUUUGAAAUUUUCACAGAAAACCCAUCAAAUCUGAAAGCACGUGCCCAAAUGUUUUCCAGCUACAAGCACCACCACACUAUGAAGUAUUUUAUAUGUAUUACACCCAAGGGAGCCAUUUGUUUCUUAUCAAAAGGCUGGGGAGGUCGUACAAGUUACAUUUAACCCUGAACAGUGAUUUUCUUGAUAAUUUGUUACCUGGGGACAUUGUCUUGACUGACAGAGGUUUUGACAUACAAGAAUGUGUGGGCAUGUAGUGUUCAGAUGUCAAACUCCCAGCAUUUACAAAAGGCCGCUGUCAGUUAGCAGUUAGAUAUGUGGCGGAAACUAGGAAAAUAGCACAUUUGAGAAUCCAUGUUGAAAGGGUCAUCGGAAAUGUUUGUCAGAAGUAUAAGAUCUUAACAGGAACCAGACCCAUAAACAUGAUUCUUCCAUGUGAAGGUGAAGAAGCCACCAUGUUGGAUAAGGUUGUCACGGUCUGCUGUGCCCUGACAAGCCAUUGCCCAACAGUAGUUUAGUACAAUUAGUUUUGUUUUCGUAGUGUUUGUACAAGCAAAGUUUUUUUAUACGUUUGUAGAUGACUUAAACCUGUUUAAUAAUAAUAAAAUUG